AUGAGGUUGCCUUCUGAUGCAAUGCUUCUGAUACAGGAUUUUCUCCUGACAUCUUGUGUGAACACUGCACCUGAGCCACAUAUGGAUGACAGAAGGGAGAUACAGACUACAGGAGAGUCAACUUUCAACACUUUAACUGCAUUGCACAGACCUGAAAAUGAACCAGCAAUGUCAGCUUUUUAUUCUUCUCAAGAAACACCUACUCAACCAGAAAAACCAGCCAAGUGUAUGCCCAGUGGUUCUUCAGCUUCUUUUCCUGCAAAUGAGGCUUGUUCAAAUAUUCCUCACUCCAGGUCUUCUGCAACAGGAAAAAGACGUAGAAAGAGGAGAAUGUUCCCUGGCCGCAGUAACUGGGAUUGUAAACAACCCAAAGUUGCUUUUGUGGACACAGCAGUAAAACAAGGCAGACCAAAAAAUGAGGUAUUGGAAGAAUUAGGAGACGAAAUUGGUGAAAAGUGGAUGAAGCUUGGGCGUCGCUUGGAGGUCAAGGAGCCAAAACUACAGAAUAUAAAACAAAGAUAUGAGGAGCUGAGUGAGAGAGGAUACCACAUGUUAAUGCACUGGAAACAGGAGAAUGGUCGUGAAGCAACGUAUCAAAUUUUGAAUUCUGCAUUACGGCAUAAACUCGUGCAGCGCAAAGACUUAGCAGAACGAAUUUGUUGUGAAUAUGACCGCCUUCCUGGGAACAGUUUUGAUGUUACAAUUUGUCGGAAAAAACUUGCAGAGCAUUACAAGAGAACCGCCACGGUGCCAACCUCUGUGUGGUCCAAAAACGAUACCCUGGAUAUUCACGCGAUCUACACUCGACUGUCCUUGGUGAAAGUGAAACAAACCCCAGCUGGAAAAUCACAGCCUGAGCUGAAUCACUACACUGAUGUGUUCACUGAAACAAAGAACGGAUUGCCAUCAAACAGGAUACUCGUGCAAGGACAGACUGGAAUAGGGAAGAGCAUGUUUGUGAAGAAACUGGCUAUGGACUGGGCUGAACUGGACGAAAACAGGUUGACAGAUGAACAGAGAGCUAUCCUGAAGAAGUUCGAGCUUGCUGUUAUUAUUGAUCUCACAAAGGUAUCUAAAUACCAAAACCUCAGAGAUAUCAUAAGCGCUUCCAAUAUUUUUGCCGAUGAGGACACAGCCAUGACGGACGACCUGCUGCGUUACAUCACCCGCAACCAAGAGAAAGUUCUCCUAGUUUUCGAUGGAUACGACGAAUAUUGUUUCGGAAGUAACUCUGAAAUCUUUGAGAUAUUCAAAAGAAACAAGCUAAGAAACUGUUGUGUGUUGAUAACAACUCGAAUUUCCAGAGCUGAUGAGCUGAAACAAUAUAGGGACUUGCAUGCUGAGAUCACUGGGUUCAGCGAAGAGGACAGAAACUCCUUUAUGAUCACAAUGCUUGGUGGCAAAACACAAGCAAUAGCGCUAUGGGAUCAUCUCAACGAGCGAAAGCUGGACGAUCUGGCGAGAGUUCCGCUACUUCUCCUGUUCUUUUGCACUCUGUGGAAAAAGGAAAAGUUACAGAGUUUUCCUGACUCGAAGGCAAAAUUGUACUUUGCGAUCGUCCAGUGCGUUUUGGAUCAUAAUGAAGGAAAAUGUUCUCCUACUAACUUUCGCGAAGUUAAAGACUUUAAAGAUGUUCUGGCUAAAAUCGGAAAAGUGGCUCUAGAAUGUCUGCUAAAGAACGAUCAUGUAUUCGAAUAUGAUCAACUGUCUACUGUCAUCCUUUGUGAAAAGAGUCAGAUUAUAGGCUUAUUUCAACUCAGUGAGUACACAGAAAAUGUUCGACCAGCAAAGAUGGUGUCUUUUAUUCACAAGAGCAUUCAAGAGUUCCUAGCAGCAUGGUAUAUCACCAACCAAUGUGUCACUCAAGGAAAUCUCGGUGAAAUUAACGACCGCGCCCGAACUUUGGACAAGUGCAGGUCCUUGGAAAAUGUCUUUCAGUUUAUUUGCGGUUUGUCUGAUGAUGGAGCAGUGAAGGUUUUUGAACACUUGAGAUCGGUUAGAAUCUCUGACCCAAAUCUGGAUUUAUCGAAGACAAUGCCCUAUGAACAAAGUGAGACAGAUGUAACAUUAUGUGACGUCACUGUCGAGCAGAGGAGCUUCUUGCACCUUGUGUACGAUUCAUUCGAUGAGGUUGAAUCCAAAACUGAACUUUUUAGACAUUGUUUAAAUUGUACCGAUGGGAUCAUCUUACUUUUGAAAUAUGUAAGAUCAAUUUUUGACUUUGUGCCGAGACGGAAAAUUUUAAAUGAAGUUUUGGUUCGUGGUGUAGUGUGGGAUGAUUACUGGUGGAGUUGGAAAAUGACAGAACUGUGUGAGUCCCUUCAGUUUCUCAAUUGCUUAGACAUUCCGCUGAAAACAUCUGAGAAUUCAGCAGCUGUUUCAGUUUUUGAAUUUUUAAGUAAAUUCGAAGCAGUCAGAUGUGACAAUUGUACUUUUUGUUGCAUUCUUCAUUUCCACAGAGGCCAGUCACUGUUUUACUUCACUGAAUUGUCAUUGAGGUGUGAUGACCAUGCAAGACUAUUCACUGAGAAUUUUACUCAAUCUCCUUCCACCAGUUUGUGUUUCGAGCCGUCAUCUCUGAAAUUUCUUAGAUCUCUGCAAAUUGGUUUACACGUUAACGAGCACAUAGUGCGCUGUUUUAGUACAAUAAUUAGAGACUGUAAGAAUUUCGAAAGCAUCGGAUUGAAGGCGUUAAAUGAGAGUGCUUUUGAAUGUCUAGAACAAAUACCAAAUCCUCUCACGUGUCGGUUGAAGCUGGGAAUUACGUUGCGUGUGAAAUCGUCUGAAAUAUUAAAGCUCGCUGGUUUGUUACCAAGGUUUAACAACCUCAUCACAUGUAGUAUUGAAUUGGAUAACUCCUGCUGUUCUGAAGCAGAAAACAAACUGUUUUCUAGCAUCACGCACAAGACUAUUGUGAAACUGGAACUGUGGAACAUCAGAUUGACUUCGGCAACAGCCGCGGCACUCGGUCGGUCACUUCCUGAAAUGUCGUCUCUAAAGAGACUCUCGUUAAAAGGGAGGAACUCGAGCACCGUACAAGAGAAGGAAAUUAAGGCACUAUUUGGCGGAUUGAACAAAAUAUUUCCGGCUUUAAAAAUUUUAAAACUCUCUUCUUUCAGUUGCAGAGGUUGUCUCGCUCCAUUGAUUGGGCGUCUUAACUUCUUUCCCAACUUAUGGUUCGUUGAGCUUAGUUAUUCAAAUUUGGGUAAGGGGGACUUGCGUGGUUUGUUGGAUGGUUUGAGAUCCAUUCCUGAUCUAAUGAGACUGUGGCUACAAGGCAAUCCGCUGGGAGAAAAAGACAGGGUGAAAUCUAUCGUGAAACAAGCACUACCUCAGGUUGAAUUUUUAUAUUACAAAUAA